GCUGCCUCCUCUUGCCAUCGGCGUCUCCCGCGGGCCGUAAAAGCUGCUAGAGCGCUGCCCGGCCAGGAACGCACUGGCUAGCGAGGACCGCCAGCCCGCCGCGCGCAUCGACCGCGGACGGGCAGCCCCUGCGUUCGAAGCAACCAUGUCCCAGGAGGAGGAGUACGAGGAGGACUUCGCCGCCAAGUACGACGGCGUCUUCGCGGGCGAGGCCGACGGCGACGACGACGAGAGCGAGGGCGACGAGGAGGACUACGGCGACGAGUUCGAGGGCGCCGAGCCCGCCAUGCCGGACCCGCGCGCCGAAGACGGCAGCAUGGGGUCCGGGCGCCCCGGGGCCGCCGACGACGGCAGCAUGGGCAGCGGGCGGCCCGGCGCCGCCGUCGGACGAGAUCGAGGCGGCGAGGCGCCGACGGACGCCUACGGCCGGCCGAUGUCGCGGCAGUCGCCGCCCGGGACGAGGGACGGCGGCUUCGACCCCGAGGCGUCGCGCCUGAACCGGCAGUUGCGGAGGCAGCUCGAGGCCUUCCAGGACGAGAACGAGCAGCUGCGCGAGCAGCUCGACGCCUUGCAACGAAAAGAAGCCGACCGGAGGGCGGCGCGCGUCGCCCGCCACGAGUUCAGCACGACGCAGCUCCAGGACGAGAUCUACGACCUGUCGACGAAGAUCGUGGGCGAGGGCGAGAAGAACCGGUUGCUGGCCGAGACGCUGACCAAGGUGACGGCCGAGCGGGAUACGUUAGUGGCGGACGCCGAGUCGACCAAAAAGUAUCUGGUCGGCCGCAUCUCCCGGGGCGAGAAGACGACCGACGCGUACAAGAACGUCACGACGCUCCAAUUGGUCGAGCUGCGCGAACGGAGCAUGGAGCUCGAGGGGCGCCAGUCGAAGACCAUCAUCUCGAAGCGGAGCGUCGCCUCCGAGGAGCCGUCCGAGGCGCCGCCGGCGUCGUCGGAACCGACGCCCGAGGGCAACGAGGCCGUCGCGGCGGCCAUCAAGCGCCUCGAGGGGGAGAUCGCGAAGCUGCGCGGGAAGUUGCGCCACUCGGAGGACGAGAAGACGUCGCUCCGCGCCGAACUGCGCGGCGCGCUCGCCGCGGGCGACGACGUCCGCGCGCUGAAGCACAAGGCGACGGAGCUGUUGGCAAGGGGCAAGGCCGAGAAGGACCAGCGCCAGAAGGCCGAGGCCGAGGCGAAGCUGACGGGCAAGAAGGUCGCGGCGCUCUCGGACCACGUCGAGAAGUUGAUGGUCCACCUGAAGCACGAGGUGGGCGCGAAGGCGCAGGUCACGGACCAGUUGCGCCGGGCCGAGAAGGACCUGGACACGGCGAAACUAAGAUCGAGGACGCUCGCGCGCCGGAAUAAUGCAAGAGAGAAGUUCGUGCUGGAGCUCAAGGAAGGCUCUAAAAUUCUGGAAGACCAACUGAAGCUCAUGGACCGGCGCUAUCUUGAGUUAAGGGCGAAGCUCGACUGGACGCGGCAGCACGCGGAGACGCAGGUCAAGCGCGCGAAGAAGGCGGCCUCCACCUUACGAGCGAAGUGGGCGCUGGCCACGAACUCGUCCCAGGGCUUGUUGGACGAGGUCCAGCUGCCCGCGCCGGGCACGCUCACGCAGCAGAGCCACUUCCCACCAGAGACGAUCGACACGGGGACGAAAAAGUCCGUGCACUUCUAAAGUACC